GGCAACAAUGCAAGCGAUCACCGGCGAGCGGUGUGUCAGUUAGUGCUUUUGUGUUUUUAUGAUUUUCAACGCUUGGUGUUCUGUGGUGUGAUUUUUCAAUGAAACAUCCAGCCAAGAUGGCUUCCAAUUUCUUUGUGAACGAAAUAACUUUUGGUUUACUUUUUUGAGUUAUGAAUUAAACUGGUGAAAUUGUGUGAUAGUGUAUAAAUACAGUUUUUCAACAAGUGCCCUUAAUGUUGAUUACAAUUAAAACGCAGCGUUAUCGAAGCAAAUGAGAAUAUUUAUUCUAAUGUUAUUACUGUAUAGAACAUAGAAUUUUGUGAUAGAAACAAACUGGUGGUAGCUAAAAUGGGCCGUUAUUUUUAUAUUAUAUACAUCUUUACAUGUUUUCCAUUAAUUAAUGGUCAAACUACGAUUAUACAUGGUUAUAAUGACAAUUCUGUUGAAUCGUUCUUAUCAACACAAGCCAAAAGCGCGAAUAUAAGAGUUGAUAACCACAAGCCUAAGUUUAAGGAAUGUCAAAAUUACAGACCCUCUGUUAAGGAAGAACAGAGGGCAAACACUUACGUUAUGACUGUAACCGCGUUCGAUGAAGAUCCGAAAGAUGCAGGAGGUACAGUAACGUAUUCGAUAAUUCACAGGGAAGGAGAACGUGUCCUGUUUCAAAUAAAUAAUGUUACUGGACAAUUAACGACCAUUCAGCCUUUCGAUCGCGACGAACCUCUCAGACAAAAAGAACUUUACGUUACCGUACAAGCCAUCGAUAAUGGAAUACCGCCUUUGGCUGACAUUUGUACUUUUACCGUUACGAUUACUGAUAUUAACGAUAACGCUCCACAAUUGGAUAAAGUGGAGUAUAACACACAAGUAUCCGAAGAUUUAAAAAUCAACAGUGAAGUUAUGCGUGUCUUUGCCUACGAUAUUGAUGAUGGAGAAAAUUCAAGACUGUCGUACAACUUUUCUGAUCACGAUAGACUCUUCACGCAAUAUUUCAGGAUCGAUAGAGAUACUGGCGUUGUUUAUUUAAAGGACUCGCUAAACGAUAAAAAGAAUACUAGGUUUAACAGUGUCGUAUAUGUGUCUGAUAACGGGAUAGAUGAUCAGGAAGGUCAAAAAUAUUCAAUGGUUAAUGUAUCGAUUACCGUGGUAGGUUCUGACAAACAACCUCCGAAGUUCACCCGCAGGUAUCCCGAAGGACCCAUUAUAAUCCCAGAGAAUUUCAAUGAUUUUUCGAAACAUUUAGUCACAGUAGAAGCCGAAUCCAACAUAAAGGAUCCGGCUAUAGCUUUCGAAUUGGCAAAAGGUAAAACAUAUCAAACGAAUAAGGAUCAAACAUUCCUCUUGGAAGCAGAGGGUAACAUCGCUCACAUAAAAUUAGUACGUGCGCUCGAUUACGAAACUGUAACUGAAUACACCUUGCAAGUGCGCAUCAAAAAUAAAGAUUCAAUGGAUUCGUCAAUUAAUAUACCGAUAAAAGUCGCCGAUGUAAACGAUGAAAUUCCAAAUUUUUUGGAGUUUCUCAAAGGCAGCAUAGUGGAAAAUGAUAAUGCCGGUGUACAGGCCAUCCAAGUCAGAGCCAUCGACAAAGACGGUACGGCAGCUAAUAAUAUUGUCAGCUACGAACUGGUAGAUAACACAGAUCUUUUCGCCAUCGACAAAUCGACAGGAGUCAUUACAUCGAAAGUCGCAUUUGAUCGUGAAGAAGUACCUCUUUAUCACGUAAAUGUCAAAGCUUAUGACAAUUCACCGUCGGCUCUUUACAAUACAACCGAACCGAAUAUCGUCAUACAAACGUUUCAAAUUAGUAUAGAAGAUCAAAACGACAACAAACCCAGAUUUCGGCAUCCUAUUUACCAAUUUAGCAACAUAACGGAGUUAUCGGACAAACUAAGUAUUGUUGGGGAAGUCCAAGCUCUGGAUAACGACACGGCUUCACAAAUAACCUACAGUAUUACUUCCGGUAACACAAACGAUUCGUUUAUGAUUGAAAACACCACCGGAAGAAUACGAGUCAACGGUAGAUUGGAUUACGAGCAAAUCGAGCAGUACAAUUUGACCGUCAGGGCUUUCGAUGGAGCAUUCGAAGAUUUCGCCGACGUCUACAUUUCGAUACUGAACGAAAACGACGAAAGGCCCGUCUUCAAGCCGUAUCUGAAAGACGUGGACAUCGAAGAGGAAAGCGCCCGAGCCGAAUGCGUUUUAAUCGUCGAAGCGUACGAUCCCGACAUCAAAGACAGAAACGCCGACCAGCACAUUGUCUACGAAGUGGCGAAAGAGCAGAGCGAUUUUCUCCAAGUCGAUUCCAAAGGUUGCGUUACCGUCACCAAACCGCUCGACAGGGAUCCCCCGUUCGGCAAUCCGGCGAGGCAAGUGUUUAUAUACGCCCGCGACAACGACGGGGGCACCAAUUCCUUGAUCGAUACCGCCGAAAUUGAAAUCCAUUUGAUCGAUAUUAACGACAACGCGCCUUUCUUGAACGUCACUGAAAUAGUCUGGUACGAGGGACAAGAUCCUGGUUUAAUAGGUAACUUGAGCGCUGAUGAUUACGAUGGUCCGGAUAACGGGCCUCCGUUUAAGUUUCGAUUAGCAGAUACAGCUACUCAGGAUAUCCAGAGCAAAUUCUCCGUUAAUACGCAAGGACUACUGUAUGCUUUAGAGGAAUUUGACAGGGAAAAGCAGAAAUACUACGAUAUACCAAUCAGUAUAACAGACAGCGGAAUUCCUGAACAAACUGGUACCAGCAUUCUCAGAGUUAUUAUAGGAGAUAUCAAUGAUAAUGUUGCUGGUGAUGGUAAUAGUACUAUUUUCGUUUAUAAAUACGUCAAUGGACCCGAUACAGACAUCGAAAUUGGCCGAGUGUUUGUUGAAGAUUUGGACGAUUGGGAUUUAGAUGAUAAAGUGUUCAUUCAAUUAGAUAGCAUUGACGAAUUUUCUCUAAACAAAUCCAACAAAGGCAUGAUUCUUAUGAGACCAACCACAUCAGAAGGUACCUACGUUGUUCAUUACAAAGUUACCGAAACCCAUGAACCCACUAUUCCAAGACACACCGUAAACGCUAUAGUUACAAUAACUAUUAAAGAAUUACCAGAAGAGGCUGUUUUUAAAUCGGGCUCUAUUCGUAUAAAAGAUGUAUCCAAAGAAGACUUUGUGGAAAGCUCAGAGAAUAAUUUGGGCAAGAAGGAUAUCUUACAACAAGAACUUUCUAAAAUCUUGAACACAUCUUUAACGAACGUAGACGUCUUUACAGUUCUUAAUUCCCCCCAUCAAAACAGUUCGUUCGUAGACGUGAGAUUCUCCGCACACGGUUCUCCGUAUUACGCUCCGGAAAAGCUUCAGAAUAAAAUUACUGAGCACCAAAACGAGCUUGAACGUAAACUGGGCGUCGAAUUCGCAAUGAUCAACAUCAACGAGUGCCUGAACGAAACCGUUUGCGGAACCGACAACUCGUGCACGAACAAACUCAACGUAAAUCGAGAGCCGGCUGUUGUUUUUACCAACAGAACGUCGUUCGUUGGAGUGAACGCCUACGUCGAUCCAGUCUGCGCUUCCAUUCCUCGAAACGAAGGCUGCCUAAAUGGCGGUGUACUAAUCGAAAAUGCAGCGUGCGAUUGCUCCGUAGGCGACGGGCCCCAUUGUGAAAUACUGUCCGUCGGGUUCACCGGAAACGGUUGGGCGCUCUAUCCUUCUUUCGAUGCAUCGAACAAAACCGAAAUCGUUUUGCACAUUGAAGCGCACAGCGACAACGGUCUGAUUUUUUACAAUGGACCGCUUAAUACCAGGCAAAGUGUUCUAUCCAAAGAUUACAUAUCGUUGGAACUGAGAGAUGGUUAUCCAUUGUUAACUAUAUGCACCGGUGGUAGCAUUAAAGAAAUAUAUCUUACCAAAAACAUACCUAAACUGAACGAUCACACAACGCAUAAGCUUAAAAUAGGUUCUGGUGUAGAUGAUAUGUCUUUAGAAGUAGAUGACUGUGGUACAAAGUGCUACGUGUGGAUCAAUAAGGACAACAAAGGAGUAGUAAGAGCGAACGGGCCGCUGCAAAUUGGCGGGUUGAAGAACAGAUUCAACGAUGAAGAGUUCAAAUCGAUUUGGAACCAUUUACCGCCCACUCCGAUGGGCUUCACUGGCUGCAUUAAAAAUUUGACUUACAACGAAUAUUUCUACAAUCUCGGAGGUCCAUCGGACAUGUACCAAGCCUACCCCGAUUGCAACUACGGCGUGAUCCAAGCCGUUACUUUUAUCAUCGACUCGAAUUUCUUGGUUGCCUUGCUCGUGUGCUUGGCGAUAUUGAUCAUACUUCUGUUGGCUGUCGUGGUGCACAGGCGCAAACGGGACAAUAUUAACGAGAAAGAAAUGGACGAUACGCGCGAGAAUAUAAUAAACUACGAAGAUGAGGGCGGCGGCGAAUGCGACACGAACUACGAUUUGUCCGUUUUGCGGCAGAACAACCUCGACGAGAAAUCGAUGUUGAGGGACAAUCCGGACGUGCCUGCGGACAUCAGUUGCUUCCUGGACAACAAGAAAGAUAAUUGUGAUAAAGACCCCGAUAAUUUGCCUUUCGACGAUGUUCGCCAUUACGCAUACGAAGGCGAUGGAAACAGCACCGGAUCACUUUCUUCUCUCGCGUCCUGCACCGACGAGGGCGAUUUGAAAUUCAAUUAUCUAUCGAACUUCGGUCCUAGAUUCAGGAAGCUGGCGGAUAUGUACGGUGAAGAUCCGAGCGAUGAAGAUUCUCAUGACGGCGGAGAGGAAUCUUGGUGCUAAGAUUCGACGACUCCUGUAAAGCCCAUAGAAACUUAAUUGUACUUAAAGGACUAUUUUUGUUAACCAAAGAUUGGAAAAUUUUUUGGAUGUACUGAAUGAACAAUCAAUGUAUAUAUUUGUGACUACGGUAAUUGUCUUCAGACUGAGACAUAGCUAAUGCUAUAUUUUUCAUUUCAUAUCUUAUUUAUGCCAUUUGAUGGAAUAAUUUUCUGGAAAUCUUUUCUACGACAUUACUGUGAUUUAAACCAAUUAGAAUAAGUAAUUUCACAUGAUCAGUUCCAUUUUUUUUAUUAUAUAUUUCAGUCAGUAUUUUUGGACAGUUAUUAAUAAAAUAAGCAAAUGCGAAAUUUACAAACGAAGAAAUAUUAUAGCACAAUGUCAUCAACGUAGUUUAUUUUUAGACUUUGCAAUUUCGGGGCCUUAUGAAAAUAUAUGCCUUUUAGAUUAAGCGCAAAUACACUUAUUCCUUAAAACGAGAGCAAAUCAAAUAUUUUUUCUAUAUAGAUUUUAGGUGUUUAUUAAUUAAUACUGUUGUAGACUACUUUAAAUAUAGGUUAAAUGUUUAAAUAUCUUACAAAAUUUGAACUUUGUCAAUAUUUUUAAAUUUAGAAUUUAUUGAAGGGAACCCAUGAAAUUAUAUAUUUUCUAUUUUUAUGUUCCAUUAGGAAUGAAUUAGAUUUCAUUGGUCCCUUAUUUGUUAUUGAUUUAGUUUAAAUUUAAAUGAACACAUUUUUUAUUGACCAUAUUCUAAUGAUAAAUGGAAAUCGAGAAAACCCUUUUACAGUACUGCUCAAAAAUGAAUGUCCAAAAGUAGAGAAUUUUCCUGAUUUUCAUUUACCAUUUUAUUUGUAUCACAAAAUGCAGUCUGUAGAGAUUUCUUUUCGCAAAAGAAAAAUAAUUUUAGUUAAUCAUAUCUUCUGUCAAUUUUAUGAAACUGAAUAGUUAAAAAUAUGUGCCUUCAUUAAAAAGACAAAACGUGCAAAUAUGUCUCUGUGGACUGUUUUAUGGUGCAAUUUUUUCGGAUACAUUAGUCAAAUAAUAUAGGUUGUGCUUCAACAGCUAAGUAACAGAACUUACUAAUGGAUUGGAGAAAAUCGAGACUGAAUUUCUAAUGUUUUGAUACUUUAGAUAUUUUUUAAAUUUCCUUUUUUUUGUUAACUUGUUGUAUAUCGAGUGAUUAUGAUUGAGGCUUCGACGUUUUAAAUUAUUUAAAACAAUUAAAUUAAUUUCACAACUAUGCAAAAACAUUUAUUUAUUGUAGUAAAAAUGUAGCAAUCUCCAUUUUUUGUUAGUAAGUGUUUGUUAAUAUUUUGUACAAUAUACUAUAAAGGGCGCAUAUAUUAUAUAGAUUAUGUAUAUGUAUACUGCUUAAUUUGUAUUUAUUUUUAUUAAUCGAACAUUCCUUUAACUAUUUAUAUAUUUGUGAUCAGUAUGGCAGCCAUAGGUAAGAAUUUUUAGUUUUUUUUAUUUUACUUCAUUUCAUUCCUUUAUUUUCGAAUCAGUAUUUUUAUGUGUGCAUUGAAAGUAUGCAUCAUGGCAACUGCAAGAAUGUAGAAGUACUGAUUACUUUAUUAAUUUGCGUCUUUAAAAAUGUGCCUUUAAUGAGCUGCAAGUAGAGAUGAUUUUCAUGCUCUUGAAAUCUUGCUCACUGCCAUUUGUUAAACGUAUAACAAACAUCAUUUUUUAAAUAAAUGUUUAAAAAGGAUAUCGCAAGAUUUUAUUUCGAAUUAUGUAACCAUUAGAGAGGAAAUAAAC